GGGAGUAGUUUCACAGCUGCUUUAAAUUAUCCUUAUUAUCCUUCAUGAUCUGACAUUAUAACAGCCAACCUCUGGCAAGCAUGCAAGACUCCCCACCCAGCUAUCACAGUGCAGAGGUGGCUGGGAUUACUGACGUGUCUCCAAAGCAGGCUUUACAUUGAAGAGCAAGGAGAAGUUGCACUCAGCAGGAUGUGGCAUUCAGUUCAGUUCUGUGGAAACUCGGAGCUGAGCUGGUGACGAAACAGAAACAGCCCCAAAUGUGGAAGAGGGAAACCAAGAAGGACUGACAAUCUCAUGCGUAAAGAAACACUGAGGAAUGGUAUGGAGAUGAUUUCACUGCUGCCAUUUGGGAGAUGCAAAAGCUGCUUAACAAGUGUGUGAAAACCUGCCAACCCACACAGAACCGAGAGGCUGUCUCUGCCCUGUCGUUUACGUGCAACCAGACCAACAGGCGCAGACCCCAAGCCACAGCCCUGCACCCCCCGCGCUGCAGACACGCAGACUCACCGAGACAGAGCAUCGACAUGCUGCCUGCCGCAGCACAGCUCACAAAGGAAAGAGUUACAAAUAAAUAUCAGUCAGGAAACAAGUUAGUGGAGAGUAUUAAAUAAACUAGUUUUACAGAAUUUUAAGAAGAAAAGGGAACUUAACAAUGCUGUACAUGACUCACAAACACAGUGAAAUCUAACUGGAUGUCUCAAUAGAGCCGGGCAGAAAGGAAGCGGACACUUUUUUUUUCCAAGAUAAAACUCAAAGAUUUAAGCGAGAGAAAAACGGAUCUCUGGAUUUUGAGUUUUCCAGCGAUCUCAAACAUCAAAUUAAAAUGCAUGGACGGCACACAUUCUAUCCUUUUACUCUGCCCUUACAAGUUUGCACACUCUUGUAUGUGUGUCAGGUGUCUAUCAGUGGCGCCUCUCCAUUGGUGCUGAACGGCACUCUGGGACAGUCAGUUACUCUGCUCUCUGGGUUUGAUGAGAAAAACUACAGCAGCAGUAAUAUAACACUACUGUUUUGGAAAAUGAACACAACUGUUAUCAUGCAGUUCCUAAAUAAAAACUGGUCUGCUCUUAAGAGUGAUCACUUCAAAGACAGACUCACUGUAAACACAAGGGAUGGCUCUUUAACAAUCUCUCAACUAAAAGGAGGAGACGAAGGAGAGUAUGUACUCAGUGGCUUCGGAUCUGCAGGGAACCUGCCUCAACAAAGGAUAACCCUUCAUGUUCUUGAGAAAAUCAAUAAAGUAACAAUACUGCCACAGAAGAGCUAUGGAGCACAUAAUAAAACUUGCAACAUGACCUUGACCUGUCAGGUGACAGGGGGCAGCCAUGUUUCUUUUCGUUGGCUGAAAGGUGGGCGUGACAUUCCUGGGACUCCCAGUGGUGCUGUUCUAGAGCACAUAGCUCAUCCUGGUGAUGGUGAAGUUCACUACACCUGUACAGCCUUCAAUGCCAUCAGCAACCAGUCAGCUACUAGUCACAUUAAGUGCUACACACAAGAAGAAACAAAGGUAGAAAAGGAUAUACCCAACAUACAUAAAAUAAUCAUAAUUGCUGCCGCAGCUGGAGGUGGAGCUCUUGGAUUGAUUCUUCUUGUUAUUUUGAUUUGUUGUUGCUUGAAAAAGAAGAACAAAAAAGAAAGGGAAGAAACGGCCCCCACAUUGUAUGCUGAAAUCGAAAGAGUGAACACAAUAAAGAAGGCAGAUUCUAACACACAAAACAACGAUCUUAUUACUUGUUAUGAUGUUAUUAAGGAUAGAAAGUGUGGUGCACCCAGCCAGACUCUGUAUGAUACAGUGAACUUUAAUCGUAAGGAGACCUCACAGUACCAAGAAGUCCUCUAAAUGUACAAUGUGAACUACAGGGAUUUUUUAAUUUUUUUUAACAAAAAUAUAGGUUGUAAAUAGACCUGGUGUAAAUCAGAGUACAGUACUUAAUACAGCACUGUAUUAAGAUGUCUGCUUGCAAUAAUAAAGAUAUUUGCACCCUCACACCAAACCUGGGUUACUCAGCCAAUAGUUUCCUGGAACUCCACAUGUGGUGGUUCAGAAUAGCAGAAUGCUCCAUCUGUUGUUGGGAUUAGUUUGCCAGCAUUUUAUUGACACUCCAAAAUCAGAGACUACUGCAAUUUCCUGGGUGCCUACAAGUUUGUGGUUUUGAUGGAGAAGAACCAUUCUUGUUCAAAGUUACAGUAAUUGUCUCAAUGGGAUGACGAUUAGAGAAGCUUACCAUUCUCACAUGAGUCAUUGCUGUAAAGAGAUGUAAAAAACAGUUUAAGUAUUAAAUUAAAAAUUGAUGUGUUUAAUCUUGAGUGCUUGCUAUGACAUGUUUUCUCACAAUAUGUUUCUACAUAGCAUUUAAACAUGCAUGUAUAUUUAUUUAAAUUUUUGUUUUC